UUGGGCCUGGCGAGCGGACGUGACGAGCGCGUAAAACGUAAAAGGCGAACACAAAACGAUACGAUAAAAAGCGAUAGCGUUGAACGAAAGACGAAAGCGAAGACGACGAAGAAGAAGUAGAACGUGUAAACGACGCGUUUCUGUUUUGUGACUGUGCGUGUUUCUUACUGUGUGAGUGAUUUUGUGUUUGUGUGUGUAUGUGUUGAGCAUGUGCAGCAUUUGAGUUAGCACGUAACGGGCGUAACGGCGACUACUCGAUCCAAAUGGCCAACUGGACUCUGGCCAGACGCUGGAUCGAGGCCAGCAGACUGCUGCUGUUGCUCUUGAUCAUCCUGCAACUGAUUGCAGCAACGCCAGCGGCGCGCAAUCCCAACACCAACUACAACACAAACGGCAACAACAACAACAACAAUGUGAAUAAUAAUAACAUUUGGCGACGCGUGCGUCUCGUGACCAGCGUUAGCGCCAGUUCGCCUGCCCAGGAGCGAGAACGCAAUGCUUAUCAGCUGCUCAAGGCCAACAAUAGCAGCUCCACUUCAACAACAACAACAAGCACAUCAACAACAACGACGUCGACGACGACAUCGACGACGCCUGCGACACCGCGUCGCAGUGCCAAGCAGCUGCUGCGUCGCGAGGAUCAGCUGCAUGUGCUCGAGGGCAAUGUGUCGAGUGCGGCGCGCUUGGAAAUGUCCACGGAAUUCUUUGUAGUGCCCACGUUGACAGCGGGCACCAGGAGCAGCAGCGGAAGUAGCAAUCGCAGCAGUGUCACCACUACAGCCACGCCCACGCGCAGUCAGGGCGCCCGAGCACGCGCCGCCAAUACGCCGCGUGCCACACAGAGCAGCAACGGAGCAACUGGCAACAGCAAUGCGACACCGCCCAGCAUUGUGUCCACCACUCAGCUGCCGUUCGCCGGACUGCGUAAGGAGGUGUGGGUGGUGCCCGUGCUGGUGCUGGCCAGCUUGACCAUGCUAAUGAUGGGCGCCUUCGAGAUCUUUGUGCUGUUCAAGGCUUGGCGCACUUCGCCGUCGCGUCGCCAUCUCUUUCUGGGUCAAAUGCUGCUGCUCGGUCUCUUCGCCUGCGCCGGACUCGGUGCUGUCAUCACAGCUCAGCCCACGCUGCUGAGCUGCGGCGCCAUACGCUUUGGCGUGGGCGUUGCCUAUGCUUUGGUCUUUGCCGCGCUGCUCGUCAAAUGCGUAUUCCUCAUCAGUCUGAACGGUGGCGUAUAUUUGCCUGCACCCUAUCAAGGAUUGUUGUUGCUCUUUGCGCUGCUCAUUCAGGUGGCCAUCGGUGCGCAGUGGCUGCUCACGCAACCACCGGAGAUCUACACGACAAGUGUGCCGGUGAUGGGCAGCGGUUUCCUCUCCACGACUGUGGCAUCGCAGACCAAUUACUCCGCACUCUUCUAUCCCACAUCGUAUACGACGUUGGAUGGCACGCCGGAGAUUUAUACGCGCAUUGCGGCUGUGAGCACUGUGUUGAUACCGCUAUGCAAAACUCAGUUCUCGGAGCUGCUCUUCUCGCUCAUCUACAUUGUGUUCCUCAUCGUUUUCAUUGCGGUGCUGGCGAUCAAGUCGCGCGGCAUACGCGACAAUUAUCGCGAGGCGACCUACAUCGGACUGGCCAUCGGUGGCGCCAUUCCCAUUUGGCUGGGCUGGAUGCUCUGCGGCCUAGCUGUGGCAGAGCGGCAUAAGGAUGCGUGCAUUGCUUUUGGUUUGGUGGCCACAUCGGCCACUGUGUUUCUGGUGAUGUUCAUGCCCAAGGGCAGGCAGCUGGCGGCAAUGGGCAAAGAGGGACUCUACGUCGAGGAUCGCGAGGAGCAGUUCAGUUCGUUGAGUCGCGCCGGUUCGGGCUAUUCGCCGUCCUUCUUCCACUUCAAGCCCAUCAAGUACGGCGUGAUGAGUGGCUGUGGCAUGCCCAAUUCGGCAACGAAUACGGGCCAGGGACUGAGCUCCAAGCACUGCUCCAGUGCCAACAAUGGUGGAGAUCGAGUCGCUUUGGUCACCGCCGCACCGCCGAGCUAUACACGUAUGUAUCACUAUUUUCCAGCACAUUUGAGCGCGCACCCGUUUUGCUAUUACCCACCCGCACCACCACCACCACCACCGCCCGCACCGCCCACACAGCUGGCCACACCGCUGACCCUCAAACAGCUGGGUAACUCGCUUACCUCCAUGACACAGGCAACGCAAUUGGCCAAAACGCUGCGCUAUGCGCCAGGCAUGUUUAUACGACCCGACGAAACGAACCUUUAUACGACGCUGGAGCCCACAUUGAGCAGCAAUCCGAAUGUCUACUUCCAGCGAAGCGGCGCUGUGCAUCCGGGAAUAUUGUACUGAUUGAAGGCAGGCGAACAGGAGUCAACAGAGAGCCACCGGAGCUAUCGAGAACACUGGAACUGAGUAUUUUUUCGUAAUAUUAAGAUGCAGCACAUAGCGCUCCCUUCCCAUACCCACACCCAUUCCCUUUACCCCUUCCUCCCUCCCCCUCUCAUCUAACCCUAAUACGGCUCCCAAGGAGCAGCAAUAAGUGAAUGAUGAUUCAAUUGAAUAGUGUAAUACUUUUGUCAUAAUUGCUAAGCUCAUAGUUUGUAACGAAUUCAAUAGCAUAUAACAGAUAUAUAUACUUAAGAUAUCUUAUGAUAAAAUAUGUACUGGAAUUUUGAUAUAUUUCAGCGACGACUCGAAAUGGAUUUGCAAUUUGUAGUCCUAGUUAAAAGACAAAAAAAAACAGACAAACGAAUAAGUUUAAAUCGAAGCAUAAUUCACCAUUUACACAGGCCAUAUAAGUAUAUAGUACGAACGUUGAUCUAAUCAGUUGAUAUUGACUAUAGCUAUUCUCAUUUAGUCUGCAAUAAUGGUGAAAUUAAGAACUAUAUAUAUAUAUGGUAGAUAUCGAUUGUUGCAGCCGAUCGAAGAGAAUUUAAGUAAUGUAAUUUAACAAUCGAUAUCUAUUAUGCAAGAUCUACAAUAAAAAUAAAUAGAAAAUAGAACUAAGAAUAUCAAGUCUAGAUGAUUUUUUUGUGUAGUAUUUUAUAAUUUGUGUGCAAGUUUAUAAUAAUUUAAUAAUUGUAAUAAUAAUAAUCUUGAUGAUUUCUGACAGUUUUAUAACGCACUAAGAUUUAUGCCUCCACGAGCAAUUAAGCCCCCAAUAAUAAUAAUGGUCAACACAAUUUGUUUAGCCAAGUAAAAGAUCGUUUAAGCGAACACAACACAAUAAUGUUAUAUGUAUGUACAUAAUGCCCCCGGGCAAACACACACAGACACACUCAAGCACACACAAACACGAUGAGCAAAUACUCUCAAUAAAAGCUGAUAAAAAAAAAAUAAAGAAGAAAACACAAAACAACUGAAAACAACUUACACUCAAUUACGAGUUGUUGUACCACACAACGAUUACGAUUACAAUUGCAAUUACAAUUACAAUUAAAUAUAAUUGCAAAUUAUUGGCAUUGCAGCGCCUAUUAACGCCUUCAAACAAACAACAACAAGAGGCCUCAGUAACUGGCA